GAGAUCCACGUGAAACCGCCUCUGCGCCGGUUUGCUUCACGGGCUACUUCUUUGUUUUGCGAUUAUCGAAAGUUGCUUUUUAACUGCGCCCACACGCGCCUUGCCUUCUCUAAAUCGAGGCUCGAAUACGCGGAGCGAUGGUUUGGAAAGAAACAAAGAAUACCUCUUCUUGUUCUCCUCCCCUCGUUGCACAUCUGCGUUCUUCUCUCGUUUUUAUCCUUUAUGCUUAAAAAAGCCUUAAUACACUUCCUUGCUUUUUUAUUUUCAUUGACCCUUUUUCUCUUCUGUUUGAUGCUUUCGCGCGGCGUGGCCACCGCGUUGCGGCGCCGUGCGCUUCGUGUGUGCGACGCCACCUCCGUCGCACAAACGCGGACUACGCGCGACGGCUCUUUGUGCUUUGGCCGCAGAAGUGUUACCAGCACAAACCUCUUCGUCCAGUCGCCAUCGCGGCGUGGCAGCGCAGGCCUCCGGUGGUACUGGGGUGGCUGCCAUGCGGCGCUCAGGCGGAACAGCGGUGUGCAGCUGCUGCACACGUCCUCUGCCACCGCGAUCAAGACGGCAUCCGCGCAGGCACCGACAGGGGAGCACGCGAAGGAAGACAACGAGGACGCGUCCGCUCACGGCACCACCGCCAACACCGGUGAGGGCUCCAAAGAGGAGGAGGCCAAGGAGCAGAGCUGGUGGCGCCGCAAGUGGCACUCCUUCAAAAGCGAAGGAAAAGAUUUCUCCCUCUUCUACCUUCCUUUCUACCCCGCCACCUUUGUUAUCCUUUACGUCGCCUUCGUGACCAACGCGCUGCACAAAGAGUCCAUCCUCGACUGCGUGCUGGAUUGCAUGGGCGACUACGUGGAUCGCGGCAAGAUGUACGCCCGCAUCGAGGCGUGGAACACGUGGGCGAACCUGGGCUUCGCGUUUGUGAUCAACGAGCUGCUGGAGGUGGUCCGUUUUCCUGUGGUGGUUCUGCUCUACUACGCGAUGAAGCCGUAUUCGACCCGCUUUGCGAAUUGGGUACGCAAAGUGAUGCGCCGCUUCCGCCGCGCCAAGCCGAAAUCUGCCGAGGAGAAGUGA